ACAGGGUGAAUUAAUAAAAUAGUUCGUUCCUGCCUUUAUGUUAAUUAAAAAUUAGGACAAGUCAAUUCCUGGACUGUUUUUACAAUUAGUCCAUUGCUAAACUGUCAUUUCUGCUUUAAGUGAAUAUGGAAGGUUUAAAAUUCACAGGGUUUCCUGCAUAGUAUUAAACCAGUAUUGAAUGCCUUCAGAUUUUAGGUUUGCUUCUUAACUAUUUUAAUUCCAUUAGAUGUUAAACGUAAAGCUAGACUCAUUCAGAUUCAAUUAAGCUAAAAAUACAUAAGAUAUGUUUGUGUAUUGUGGGUCUAUCAUGCAUUUCAUGCAAAUGUCUUAAAACUGUGUAAGUUAGGUCCGUACGUGCACAUAAGAAAGCAUCAUAAGAAUUCAGUGACAACUGCCAAAUAUUUCUUUUUUUGAAAUCUCCAAUAAAAAAGGUAUCUUUCUACUUUGUCUGGCAAAGUAACUACUCUUCAUUCCUGUUAUCAGGAGGGUGGCUCAGCAUGUCUGUUCAGCACUGAUACUUUUAUAUUUUGCAGCUGGAAGGGACACAAGCUAAAUUGGGCUUCACCGCAUGAGCAGCAACAUAUAUACCUGUCCUGGUGUAUUUAUACAGUGUUGGAAUGAUCCUGCAUAAAUAAUCCUUAAGGAUUUAGUUGUGAGGAGAGUUUUUUUCCCACUUUGAAAUCCAUUUUGACUGUAGCUGCCGACUUUUGAUUGAAUGUGUCUCUCCUGCUUUUUUGCAGGGAAAAUAACUUUGUGGUGAAGCAAAAGUGAAGGUGAUUCAGUGGUGGUAAAAAGGAGAAUCAGCAGCACAGCUUGUCUGGGCAUUUGACCUGAGCUGUCUUGCCGUGUAAGCAGAAAAGGAGAAUCUGUGGGAAAAGUAACACUGAAAAAAUGACUGAAGAGCAUAUAUAAGUCACCCUGGAAGAAGUAGCUUCGCUGUGAGCUUUACAUGAGCAUCCCCAUCCUAUGAGAAGGAAGAGAAGGAUCUGUCAGCCUUCUUAGCUGUAAAAUGGGGACUACAGGUGACGACAUGGCUGCAGUUGAGCAGAAUGCCUCCUUGAACCCUCUGUGCUUUGAGUGUGGCCAGCAGCACUGGACAAGGGAGAACCAUCUCUACAACUACCAGAACGAAGUGGAUGAUGACUUGGUGUGCCACAUUUGCCUUCAGCCCUUGUUGCAGCCGUUGGACACUCCCUGUGGACACACUUUCUGCUACAAGUGCCUAAGGAACUUUCUGCAGGAGAAGGAUUUCUGCCCACUGGAUCGAAAAAGACUCCAUUUUAAACUCUGCAAAAAAUCGAGCAUCCUUGUUCAUAAACUGUUAGACAAGCUCGCUGUUUUGUGCCCCUUCUCUUCCGUGUGUCAGGAAGUGAUGCAGCGAUGUGACCUGGCGGCACAUCUUAAAAACAGGUGUCCUGGGGCUUCUCAUCGGAGAGUUGCUCUGGAGAGAAGGAAAGCAAGCAAGCUGCAAGCAGAAGCAGAGGGCGAGAGUGGUCUUGGCGGGCCGGAGCAGCCCAGCAGUUUAUCUCCAGACCCUGAGCAGGGAAUAGUGCCAGCUGAGCCGAGCUUUACCUCACCCGCCCUGCCCGCUUGGACAGACGAGCCCGGCAUCGACAAUCCGCCUUUUGAGGAGAGCACAGUAGCAGACACAAAUCAACAGCCACCUACCUUGCCUGAAGGAGAGAUCACUACUAUUGAAAUUCAUCGGUCCAAUCCUUAUAUUGAAUUAGGAAUUAGCAUAGUGGGUGGCAAUGAAACACCUUUGAUCAACAUUGUCAUUCAAGAGGUUUAUCGAGAUGGGAUCAUUGCCAGAGAUGGAAGACUUCUUGCUGGAGACCAAAUACUUCAAGUCAAUAGCUUUGACAUAAGCAACGUGUCGCACAACCACGCCCGAGCCGUGCUGUCGCAGCCGUGCUCGGUGCUGCACCUGACGGUGCUGCGGGAGCGGCGGUUCGGCGGCCGCACGCACGGCCACGCGGACGCGGCGGGCUCCGCGCGGGAGGACAGCUUCCAGGUGACCCUGCACAAGCGCGACUCCAGCGAGCAGCUCGGCAUCAAACUGGUGCGCAGAACAGACGAGCCCGGGGUUUUCAUCCUCGACCUCUUGGAAGGGGGGCUGGCUGCUCAGGACGGCCGGCUCUGCAGUAACGACCGCGUGCUGGCCAUUAAUGGGCACGACUUGAAGCACGGCACGCCCGAGCUUGCUGCUCAAGUUAUACAGGCGAGUGGGGAGAGAGUGAACUUGAUCAUCUCUAGACCCCUGAAGUCACAGACAGUCAGCAUUAUCCGUGACACCGGGACUCACAACAGCAACUCACACCAACACCAGUCCCAGCAGCUGUUUCACAGCAGACCUAACUCACAUAAGGAUCUCUCCCAGUGUGUUACAUGCCAAGAAAAGCACAUUACUGUGAAAAAAGAGCCACAUGAAUCUCUGGGAAUGACAGUGGCAGGAGGCAGAGGCAGCAAAAGUGGCGAACUGCCCAUCUUUGUGACAAGUGUGCAGCCUCACGGGUGUUUGGCAAGAGACGGCAGGAUUAAACGAGGUGAUGUACUGCUCAACAUCAACGGCAUUGAUCUGACCAACCUGAGCCACAGUGAGGCUGUGGCCAUGCUGAAGGCUAGUGCUGCCUCUUCAGUAGUUGCCCUGAAAGCCCUGGAAGUCCAGAUUGUAGAAGAACAGCCCCAGGCUAAUGAAGAACAAUUGAGUACCAUCAGUGAAAAUGAAUACGAUGCCAGCUGGUCACCUUCGUGGGUCAUGUGGCUGGGACUUCCAAGCUGCCUGCAUAGCUGCCAUGACGUGGUGCUGCGGCGGAGCAAUUUAGGGAGCUGGGGCUUCAGCAUUGUCGGUGGCUACGAGGAGAACCACACAAACCAGCCUUUCUUCAUUAAAACUAUUGUUCUUGGAACCCCUGCCUACUUUGAUGGAAGAUUAAAGUGUGGUGAUAUGAUUGUUGCUGUAAACGGACUAUCCACGGUUGGAAUGAGCCAUUCUGCACUCGUUCCCAUGCUGAAGGAGCAGAGGAACAAAGUGACUUUAACCGUGAUUUGCUGGCCUGGAAGCCUCAUAUAGAGUUGUGAAUCACUUCGGUUCAAGGAGUGUCUUUUUCUAGAUAGCUGGCACAAAAAUCUCCUCUCUUUUUUUUCCCUCUUGAUACAGCUGGUUAAAAGCAGGGCCAAAACUGCUGUAUUUUCCUUUUUUAGAGGCCUCUCAGACUACUCUACCUGUUUUGCCAUCCUGAAAUAGCUAUUUUUGUUUGCUGUGUCUGUUGCUGACACAAAUGCAAAUGUAUUCAAGCUCACAGAGAAACUCCCACUCAAAUAUGGCUGUCAUUGAGCUUUUCACAUCAGGCUUUUAGGGUCAGCAGAAGAACUUAGUGGUUCUUUGGGUUUCUCUGCAAAGUCCUCAAGUUGUAUUGUGGUACAUAAAUGUAACAUUCAUGUGCCCACUUUCCCAGCAAAGAGAACGUGUGUCAGUACCAGAAUGGCACAUCUGUCAGCUGCUAUGAACCAAAACCUGUUUCCAAAGGUUACAUCUCUUCAUUUCGUAAACCUUUCCAUUUUUGAUUCCAUAUUUCGGACUGAUUCAAGUAUUCAGUCUUGCUCAUCAGAAGUUACUUGGUCCCCCAAAUUUUUUUUGCAGGGCAUCAGUGUUCAUAGAAAAGUAGGACAAAAGCCUGAUAUUACUAGAAUUUUUAUAAAGUGCAAUAAUUGGACUCUUUGUUAGGAAACUUUAAUAUAUUACAGAGUUUGUACCCUAUAAUGACAAGUAAUACGGAAUUAAUUCCCGUUGCAAUGCUGGCAAGGAUUCGUGUGCCCAAGGUCGCCUUUGAGUGAAUGGCUUGCAGUAUUAGACUUUACUUUACAAAUGAAUGUUUUGCUAUGUCAGAGAAUUUUGAUGAACAUUUUUAUGAGGAUCAUUUUUACCGUUUCUAUUGUAGUUGUCAGCUCUCUUUAUUCAAGUGUGGAAACAAUACUUUGACUUGUACUUUCUAAAUGAGAAAAUUAUUUCCAGGGAAAAAAGCAAGCUAUUAAGAAACCAUAUGUUAUGGUUUACAGGUGAGCAGGCUAGAAGGAAAGCUCUUUGAUUUCAAGUCCAACUGCAAAGUAAGCUGCAAAGUUCACUCUUACUGUCACCUCCUGACAAACAUGCAAAUGCCUUGAUAUCAAAUGCUGAAAAGAUCUCUUUUGCAUUUCAGGAUAUUUUUUUUUCCUUUAGAGAGCACCUGCUAUUAAGUUGUCAGUAAUACUGUUUGUCUUGGAUUGUAUUUAAUAUUUUUGCAAACCAACCUGUAACUUCUAGACUUUGCCUUUCCAUGGUAUUUGCAGGCUAAGCACCCACUUGUUUAAGAAAAGAGGGGUGGAGCACAGAAAGAAAUGUGCUGACCUGGAGCUAACCCUGUGUGUUGUCAGUGUUCUCAAUAUUUGAAAAGAGCUUCAUUUAUAAACCAGGUUCCCCACCUGAACUGAUUUUAUGAAUGACCUCUGUAUUGUAUUAUUAAUUACCAGAGAAUGUAUUUGAGUGUCACAGCAUAUUUCAAUUGUGAAGCAUGUACUUUAUUUUCAAACUUAGCUGGUACAAUAUCGGGACAUAUUAUCGCAUGUCAUUAAUUCCAGUAGCUUUGCUUUCAAAAUAAAAUUACUCUUUUGCAAAGAAAAAAAAAAAAAGAAAAAAAAGGUUAAAAAUCUCAUAUGGAUGGUUCUCUUCCUCUCUGUAAUGUAUACUAUUGGUUAAAUUUCAUAAUAUUACAAUACAAAAGAAUGUCCUCUCCAGUAUAUUACUGUAGUGAGAAUCCUUGUUUCUGAAGCAAACACCAAAUUUAUUUGAUACUCUAACUGAUUUAAGAACCAGUUUUCUCCUAUCCCCAGAUGGUGUUUAAUUGUAUGCUUUUCCCUUAAUGCAGACUUUUUUGUGAAGUACAUAUUAGUGUGUAGGCUUUAGGCAAGUUUUUGACAUAUGUACUAGAUUUAGUGUUUUUUAUUUUAAAAUUUACACUUUUCAUUCAAAAUCCUGCAAAAAAUAUUUUUAGAUUUUUUUCCUUUUAUAUGUUAAAUGUAACAAAAGCAUGGGUUAGCUUAAACUGUGCAGUUUUGUUUCUGUGUGCUGUAGCUUUUGAUGAGAAUAUCUAAGCGAUAAAACUUUUUGGAAUAAAUUCGCUUCCUCAGU